AUGGUGGAAGAAUUGGGAUUCUACAAGAAAUUGACGCCUGCUCCGAUAUGGAAACCGCCCAUAAUCGAGUCGCCGAGCACGUAUUUCAGUGGAUCGCCUGAAUGUCUGUCUGUUUGUCCAGAUGUCCAGAAAUCGCGUCUUCUCCAGUCGGUCUACCUCACCACGCCGCCGAUCGGAGCAGAAUCAGAAGCGAGUCUGUUGGCAGACAUUCCACGUUUUCGACUCCAAAACAGACUCCGAAGGUACGCCGAAAAGUGGGCGUGGCUUCCUAAUGGAUAUUUUCAGCCACACGGUCGUCUGGGUCCCGUUCAAUCGGCGACUCCAACUCCGACACCAAAAAUGAAGAUUAGAAGAACUAUCGGUCCGCAUUGCUUGGAUGUAGAAGAUUUGAGAAGAAAACGGGCGAUAAGGCAAGCCAUGAACCCUGAAGUCGAGCCCUCUCUCAUCGUCGGCGGAAUCAGCCCAUUCGAUCAGAAAAAUGUGGGGGAGAGUAUCAAGGAGUUUCGAAAACUCGUGACCGAGAAGUUCUGCAAACAUAUCUUUGCCACUCCAGGUCCAUCGACAAAUAGAAGGACUAUGAAACUUGUGUUCCGUCCGGAAAUUGAACUCGAUCAGGAUGAAACAGAGAUGGAGGUGAAAAUGGAAGGAGGAGGCGGAGAUGGAAUGCAUCAUAACUCGACUAUUGUCAUUGAUUGA